AUGGACAACGGCGACACAAACAUGGACACGACGGGCUUUCAGUUCCAGGCAAACUCAACGUCAAAAUGGGAUAACGAACUCAAAUUUGCCGCAGCUGGCUCGGUCCGUACCUCAAUCAUCGUUCUGGCUGUUUUCAACUUGGUGGUGGCAUUCGCAGUUACUCUCGUCAUACUCUUGAGAUCGUGGAGGACACUAAAGCAUACCGAAUCGUUGAGCUUCAAAUCUACUUGGUUCCGGCUUGUCAAGGGACGAGACAUCUACCCUUUCGUCCUAUCUAUUGGCAUCGUUACUCAGGGAAUUGUUUAUGCUACUGCUCAAGCCAAGGGGCUUGAAUCACUCAUGAUCCUUGAGUGCCAUAUGCCCGACACCGCUAACACUUUGGCAGCUUUCUUUGUUGCCCCCUUUAUCCAGCUGAUCUUUGGGCUGGAACUGACUAUCCGCAUCACAAAGCCAAACAUAUUCCCUUUCCGUGGGCGAUUCAAUACCGUGGCCUGUCUCGCAUCCGUCGGUACCCUUUUGCUCAUAGUGUUUUCAAUUACGUUUGCAAUUCGCCCAUCAGAAUUUUGUUUUGCAAGCCUGGUGUCUUUCCUUCAUCGUUAUGACACCGGAAUCUUCGCAUCUCUGCUCACUGUCAUCAUCCUUGUCAUAGUCGAGUGUGGUAUAAUCUGCUUCAAGCUUCAUACCGGAGCUAGGAUGGAUAUCACUGAAAGGGAUGAGGCAUCUCGCAUGGUCUAUUACAUGAUUAUUGCUGUGAUUUCAUAUACUCUGCAAAUAACCUUCUAUUACAACACGGCGUUUCAUGAUCCGGGUGCAGCUGGAGAUGCCUCAAUGCAACUGUCCAUCAUCGGAACAGUUGUGAUGAACAUGUCGGGAUUCCUGCUUGGCUGCUUGUAUCUCUUCCUUCGAUCGAGUAAAUCCCCGACUGGGUGCUCGGAUGACGACUUGGAGGCGCCUCCAAACUUCAAGAAAUGGGCAGAUGACCAGGAUCAAGAACCCGCAACCCCCCUCUCAGCAAUGCCCGGAAUGGCCCCUAAGUCUAGCAGCAGGGAAAACCUGAUGGCGGACGAUAGGGUGGAGGACAAGGUAUUUGGAGCACGCAAAGACUUCCUCAAAGGUGGCUUGAAACCCUUACGCUUGGGAAGCAUGCGCAACUCAGGCGAUCUCCCAACGGCGCCAAAGCCUGUACGAACAUCGUCGAAGGAGUCUAUUAAGAACUUCAAGCGAAGCAUGUACAGCAUCUUCCCCAAGCCCGAGGCCCCCAAAUCACCCAUUCUAUUACCAACAACAUACUACAAGGGCCCAGCAGCCAAAGCGGCGCCUGAACCCCCAUCUCUGGCCGACCUUCUCGCACCACCAGCCCUCCGUCUACCUGACAGAAGACUACGAUCCAGUGGCGCUUCAGCUCUUUCCACUGCAACGGUGCAGAUUGGUUUGCGACUCUCCAACAUUGGUGGUGACAUGAGCCCUACCAAGCCCGAGCCCAAACAAGACACAAGCCGCGUGGAAGAACUCGAUUGUCCCAACAGCACAGUGAGAUUCUUCCCAAGGAAAACAAGCCCCCUUGCCAUCGCCAUUGUCGACGUUCCUGGCGAAGGCACAAGAUACCAGAUUCAAGACAACUUCGAAAACGACCUCUCCGAGAAAGAACUUCCGCCUGUACCUCUGAGUGCGGGUAUGGCUACACCUCCGGAGACCACUCUCAGCUCGGCUGUAUACAGCCCACAGGAGCCAACACCUGGCCCGUCCUCACACAAACCCAACAAGCCAUCAGUCAGCUCCAGAGCUCAUAGCCGACAAGGCUCAACUAUGGGAGAUAUAAGCAGAUUACAUAGCCGCCAUGGCUCAAGGGCUGAAGUAGAUACAGGGAGAGGGCCAUGGAUUUAA